AUGGCAGACACAGGAGAUGGACCACAUUUGGCAGAAGAUCAAACAGAUGCAAAAUCUAUUAUUGGUUCCAAAGGAAAGAGCCUACCUCCUAGCAAGUCUAUGGACUCAGGAAUUCUGCCAGACUACAGUUACAGAAUGGAUUAUCCAGAGAUGGGGGAAUGUGUAAUAAUAAACAAUAAGAACUUUCACAGACAGACUGGGAUGCUACCCCGUUCAGGUACAGAUGCAGAUGCUGCAAGUGUCAGAGAAGUUUUUAUGGAGUUGGGAUAUAAAAUAAAGAUCAACAAUGAUCUUUCAUGCACCGCCAUUUUUAAACUCUUGAAAAAUGUUUCUGAAGAAGAUCACAGCAAGCGAAGCAGCUUUGUUUGCGUGUUGCUAAGCCAUGGUGAUGAAGGAGUCAUCUAUGGUACAGAUGGCCCUCUUGACCUGAAAGCACUAACAAGCCUUUUCAGAGGUGACAGAUGCAGAAGUUUAGCUGGAAAACCCAAGCUCUUUUUCAUUCAGGCUUGUAGAGGAACAGAACUAGAUUCCGGUAUUGAGGCAGACAGUGGAUCAGAAGAAACAGUGUGUCAAAAAAUACCUGUAGAAGCAGACUUCCUAUAUGCAUAUUCUACAGCUCCAGGCUAUUACUCCUGGAGGAAUUCAGCUGAAGGCUCCUGGUUUAUUCAGUCACUGUGUAAAAUGCUCAAGGAACACGCAAGGAAACUUGAACUCAUGCAGAUUUUAACUCGUGUCAAUCGCAGAGUGGCAGAGUAUGAGUCCUGCUCAACUCGGCAGGAUUUUAAUGCAAAGAAACAGAUUCCAUGCAUUGUUUCUAUGCUCACCAAAGAAUUUUACUUCCCUUGCUGAAAGAAUUUCACCAUGUCAUUUAUCUGUUCAUGUUUUAUCUGUAAUUUAUAUACAAUGUUAGUAUGGAAUACCACUUUUAAAUCUGAAUUACUGUUCACUAC